AUGUUGGCUUCUCUGCCUGAAUGUCUGUGGGCAACGGGUCCUACGGACGUGGGGCUUGUUGAUGUCACACCUGUCACUUUUGAUUUGCGACCGGGUCCUCCUAUUUGGAGGUCUCAGUAUCCUCAUAAGCAGGCGGCAGAAGAGGGACUAGCAGAAACUAUUGGGGGUCUUCUGGAGGCUGGUGUGUUAGAAUCUUCCACCUCUUCCUGGAACACUCCUAUUUUACCAGUCGAGAAGAAAGGGACGGGUAAAUACCGCAUGGCACAUGAUCUUCGGACAAUUAAUUCCGUUUUAUUGACCCCUACGGUGCCAGUCCCUAAUCCUCAUGUUGCAUUAACGAACCUUGAUCCCUCUCAGACUUGGUUUUCUUGUGUGGACCUUGCUAACGCUUUCUUUUGUCUCCCAUUGGCUGAGGAAUGUAGAGAUGUGUUUUCUUUCACCUACGGGGGUCAGCAGCUGAGAUAUACGCGUUUGCCUCAGGGUUUUGCUCUCUCCCCAGGGCUCUUUAAUCAGGUUUUGAAACAGCAGUUAGCAGACUGCUCGUUACCGGACGGUGUGACUCUGAUUCAGUAUGUGGAUGAUCUCAUGCUGGCAGCACAGUCGUUGGAGUCCUGCAUUGAGGCCACGCGACGUUUGCUGUCACACCUUGCUGACAGAGGUUUUAAAGUGAGCAGGUCUAAAUUGCAAAUUGCGAGAAAGCAGGUUUCUUUCUUGGGGCGGACUAUCACUGCGACUGGCACUCAGAUGUCUGCCAGUCACAAAUCUGCUAUUCUCGAUCACCCUAAACCACACACGGUGAAAGACAUGCUGUCCUUUCUUGGUUUGACUGGAUAUAGUAGGAACUAUGUUCCUAACUAUACUGGUUUGACAGACCCUUUACGGGCAUUAGUCAGGGAGCAUGGGACUCGUAAGCUCAAUCAGGCUUUGACUUGGACUGUGGAGGCGGAAGAUGCUUUUAUCUCUCUGAAACAGCAAUUGGCUGCUGCUGCCCAGUUGGCUGUCCCAGAUUAUGCUUCGCCCUUUUAUUUGGAUGUUUCUGUUACAGAACUGACGGUCAAUGCAGUUCUGUUUCAGAAAAAAGGGGGAGACAGGAGAAUCCUCCAAUAUGUCAGCGCAAUGUUGGAUCCGAUGGAGAAAAGACAUCCGACAUGUACAAGACAUGCAGCAGGUGUGGGAAAAAUGAUUCAAAAGACAGCACACAUUGUGAUGGGUCAUCCAUUACAGGUUAUGACAUCACACAGUGUGGUGGCAUAUGUGAAUUCACAACAUUUCACAUUAACUACAUUGAGACAACAAAAACUGAGCAAAAUUCUGGAAUCACCUAAUAUAACUUUUGUACAUAACGGAGCGAAUAUGGCUGACAGGAUGCAAGAUGGACAGCCACACAACUGUGACGAAUUAGUACUGAAGGAAGAAAAGAUAAGACCGGACCUACAAGCUUCUCCUCUAGAAGGUGAAGAUGUGAAAAACUUUUAUACAGACGGUUGUUGUUUUAAACAUGACACAGACGGUUUGAGAGCAGCAUAUGCGAUAGUGGAAGACUUGGGCAGUGAGUUUCAUGUUUUGAAGGCAGAAAAACUGCAGGGUGCCCAAUCAGCACAGAGGGCAGAAGUAAUAGCAAUGGUUGAAGCACUGAAACUAGCUGAGGGAAUGAGGGUGAAUCUUUACAGUGAUUCAGCUUAUGUGGCUAGCGCUGUACAUGUGGAACUUCCUCAGUGGCUCAGAGCAGGAUUUAUGACUGCAACACAAAAGCCCAUAAAACAUGAAACUGAAAUGAAAGAAUUGGCAGAAGCAUUACUGUUGCCUCAAUCUGUGGCUGUGAUUAAAUGCAAAGGACAUGAUCAGAGCAAGACCAGAGUUGCAGCAGGAAACGCAGCCGCAGAUGAAGCCGCUAAGAGGGCAGCGGGAUACCUGACAUCUCUGGUGAUGGUGAGUACUGAACUUGAACAGGUUGAACAAAAUCACCUUGAAAAAAUUAUUUCUCAUCAGAAAACCGUGUCACCUGAGGAACGAUCAGUCUGGAGGGCCAGAGGUGCCGUCUGCAAUGAAGGACUCUGGCGGGGACCAAAUGGUAAAGUAAUUCUUCCUCCAAAUAUGAGAUUCCAGGUUUUCCAGGAAGCUCACGGACUCGGACAUGUGGGUAUUGCACAGAUGCUAAAAAAUCUAGAGCACUGGUGGCAUCCAUUUUUGAGAGACAUGGUCAAGGAAUAUGUGAAAACAUGUGAAAUUUGUGGACAACAUAACGCAAAACCAACUAUUAGGCCACCAGUGGGACAUUUCCCUUGUACUACACAACCAGGUAAGGAAAUAAUUAUUGAUUUCACAGACAUGGUAACACCCGUUAGAGGAUACAGGUAUGUAUUAAUGUGUGUGGACGCAUACUCGGGCUGGCCAGAGGCGUGGCCAGCGAAAAAGGAGGACAGUAAAACUGUCAUAAAGUGUCUGAUCAAUCAUUACAUUCCGACCCAUGGAUUUCCAGAGAAGGUGAGAUCAGAUAACGGCACUCAUUUUAAGAAUCAAGAUCUGCAGAAAGUGGAGCAGCUGCUUGGAUUGAAACAUUCUUUCGGUACAGUAUACCAUCCCCAGUCACAAGGCAAGGUUGAGAGGUUGAACCAAACUAUCAAACAAAAAUUGGCCAAAGUAUGUGCACAUACCAAAUUAAAUUGGGUAGAUGCUUUGCCUAUUGCUUUGAUGUCUGUUCGAAUGUCUAUUAAUCAAACAACAGGGUUCUCUCCAUUCGAGCUCCAGACCGGACGGAUUUUUCCAGGACCUGGGAGUCGCGUGCCUGGAUGGAAAGGUGAACUUGCACAUUUAUCUCAUAAAGAUUUCUUUACUGAGUUACAGAGUCUGGCUGCGGAAUUUGCGAAAUACCAGACGGCACAGGAGCGUCCAGCUUCAGGACCAGUUCCAGGAAUCGACUGGGUGCGCCUGAAGGUCAUCAAACGGAAGUGGUCUGAACCUCGCUACACCGGACCACACCGAGUAGUGGAGAGGACGUCUCAUGCUGUUCGUCUACAAGGGAAAGGAGACACCUGGUUUCAUUGGAGUCAGUGCACAGCAGCUGAGGAGCCACAGCGUGCGCUCCGUGAUGUACAGGAAGAGCUUCGACUUCAAUCUUCGGACGAGGAGCAACGUCAGGCGCUUCCAGGAGGGAGUGUAGCAGGAAUUCCUGCCACAACCACUUCAGGUUCCUGAAAUUCAAAGUUUAAAAGGCUCGGACAGGCAUAAUAAUCCUGUUCCGAUGUCCUUCCAUUGAGGAAGAAGGAGAUUUCAUACUCUCCUUAAAAACUCACUGGAAUAUUGGCAUAAUAAUCCAAUUUUCAGUGAGCAACGGCUGCGAAGGUGGAAACUUGAGGUUUCCGACCGAGAAGGAUCAGGCUACGAGAAGAUCCACAUUAACUCAUUUUUCUUGCGAGUUUCGUUUUUGCGAACUGUAAAAGAACUUUCGUCUUUGCGCGUAAUUUUUAUCAUUU